GCGUCCCGCCUCACCAUGAGUGACGUCACAUAUUUAAGGAGUCAUGGACACAGGCGGGUCAGACUCCGGUGUUACUUUUCCAGCGGACACAUCCUCGCCGGACGUGCGCUUAUAGAAAGCUGCAAGACGACAAUGAUGGAGCUGAUGACUGCUGCCCCUUUCUAUCACCUCAACACAUCAGACGCCACCGGAAGAAACAUCUCUUUGUAUGAAGACGACGACGAGUAUGACUAUAAGGACGAGCAUGCUGAGCUGAGACAGUCUCUCAACAUCAUGUCUCUCAUUGUUUACUGCCUGGCCUUUGUUCUUGGUGUGCUCGGCAACGGUGUGGUUAUCUGGGUGACCGGCUUCAAGAUGAAGAAAACAGUUAACACGGUUUGGUUCCUCAACCUCGCUGUGGCCGACUUCCUCUUCACAGCGUUUCUGCCCCUGAGUGUCACCUACACAGCUCUGGAUUUCCACUGGCCUUUUGGCAAAUUCAUGUGCAAACUGAACACCACAAUAAGCUUUCUGAACUUGUAUGCCAGUGUCUACAUUCUGGUGGUGAUCAGUGUGGACAGAUGUGUGUCUGUGGUGUGGCCCGUCUGGGCCCAGAACUACCGAAGUGUACGCAAGGCGUCCUUUGUGAGUCUGGGGGUUUGGGUCGUGGCUCUGAUACUCAGCACUCCAUACUUCAUCUUCAGGGACACUGGGCCAUCUUAUAACGAUAACGAUGUCAUCAACUGCUUCAACAACUUUGCACUUUCUGACGACUACGAGAACGAGUCUGUGAUUCAGCUGCGACUGUUUCGUCAUAAGGCCAUGACCAUCACCCGCUUCCUCCUGGGAUUUGUUGUCCCCUUCACUGUCAUUGUCUCCUGUUAUGCUGUCAUAAUCCAUCACAUCAGAAGAAACCGCACCCUGGCCAGCCACUCAAGACGCUCCUUCAAGAUCAUCGCUGCUGUUAUCACUGCUUUCUUCCUGUGCUGGGCUCCUUAUCACAUUAUGGUUUUAAUAGAGUUAGUUAAUCACAUGGAGGAUCAUGCAAGUGAAAUAUUAGGCCAUGUCAUCACUAUUGGAGUCCCUAUAGCAACCAGCCUGGCCUUUCUCAACAGCUGCUUGAACCCACUGCUGUAUGUGUUUAUGGGACAAGAUUUCAAGGACAAAGUCCGCAAAUCCAUCUUGAAUGUUUUGGAGACUGCCUUCCAGGAGGAGGUUUCUCGCUCCUAUACCUACACAAACUCAAUGGUUACAAGCCGGAGCAAAGAAAAGUCUGUUUCUGAUGCUGAGGUGUAAGGUUUUCCAUGAAAAAGCAAAUACUGUAACUGUAAAUACUAAAUGUAACUGUAUAUAACAAAUAACAAAGCUUCUGUUGCUGUUGUUUUUAACCUCAAGGGUAUAAGCAUUAUCUGAAGCAUUAUCUUUCUUCUGGUAGAGCAGACAAACGUAUUGUAAACUUCUAGAUUCAUGUGUAAUGCAUUUGUGUUAUAGGGCAUUGUUAAUUAAUGAAAAGGUUAUUUUUUAAAUCAAUGUUAAUAAUGCGUAUUCACGUAGAACUUUACAAUGGUAAAUAGAAAUUUAAUAAUGUCCAUGCAUGAAUAAACACAUGAAGACAACUUUACCCAUAUUAGAUAACCUAUAGAGUAGAAUACCUCUUCAUUUCACAGUCACAGCUAUUUGACUCACAGCUGGAUUAUCUUCUACCAUUCUUUAUGGUUUAUGGUUUAAUUUGUGCAACAGAGACAACCAGUAUCUUUCAUUUACUCUUAUAUUCUUUAUAAAACUGUAUGCUUUUCAUCUGUUGCAUAUACCCCAGAUGUUGUUUAGUACAUGAUGUACUAAUCCAGAUGUUGUUUAGUACAUGAUGUACUAAUCCAGACAUCUAUUUUAUAUGGGCCGCAAUUGCAGACUAUAUUAAAAACCUAAAAGCAUAUUUCGUCAAUAAUAAUAAGACUAGUUCGACACAAUGCAUUUCCUGCCAUAGAAGAUAUCAAAUUAGCAAAAGUAAUAUCAAAUCAAAUAUCAAAUAUCAAAUAUCAAAAGUAAAGAGAUGUAUGAUGUGAAGGAUCUACUAUUCAAAAUAGUGAUGUGGGACAACUGUAUGAACAGGCUCUUAGCAAAUCAAUUUAGUAACUCGCCGCUUACUACUGAUCCUAUCAUGUUCAUUUUUUUAAUCAGGCACAUGACCACAAAGAUCAUCUUUGCUAAAAAUGUCACUAUCUUGUCACUUAUUUAGUCCAGUAAUUUUCCGUGUAUUUUCACCCUGUAACAUCUAUUUCCUAUGUCUCCUGCCAUUUGACAACCAUAUCUGAUCCAACUGACUUCUGAUUGCUAAAUGUUUACUGCACGCUUUGAUAACAUGUGUUUUACUCAGCAUCAGAACCUGCUGAUUUAAGCCUAAUAAAUAUCUAUAAGGAC